AACUGGUCGCUGAUCGAUGAGCUGAUAGUUGCAACUGAACUAGAGCAGUAAUGGAGAUGCCAGCAGGGGAGGCACCGAGGCAGCUGCCGCCGGGUUUCCGUUUCCACCCCACCGACGAGGAGCUGGUGCUGCAGUAUCUCCGCCGCAAGGCCCUCUCGCGCCCGCUUCCCGCCUCCGUCAUCCCCGUCGUCCACGCCGCCGCCAUGCCCGACCCCUGGGACCUCUUUGGCGCGAAUGAUGGGGAGGCGGCAUACUUCUUCACCCUGCGGCAACCGCCGUCGAGAGGUGGUGGCGGGCGGCGGAGGAGAGCGGCCACCGGGCACUGGAAGGCCACGGGGAAGGAGAAGCAGGUGUUCGUGCAGCUGCAGGGCCCGUCCGGGUCCGGCAGCGGCAGGCGGCUGCUCGUCGGCGUCAAGACGGCACUCGCCUUCCACCGGGGCAAGGGCAAGGCGCGGACCGACUGGGUCAUGCACGAGUACCGCCUCGCCGCCGCGCCCGGCGCCGACGUGGCCGGCGAGAAGAAGAGUCCCAGUGACUUGCAGAGUUGCGAAUGGGUCGUGUGCCGGGUCUCGCUGAAGAGCAGGGCAAGGAGGCCAUCAGCCGAUGCCGGUAGCGAGACGACCGCCGUGCACCGGGAUGAUGAUGCUGGCGAGCGCCACCAACCAUCGUCGAGCUGUGUCACGGACACUAGUCACGCUUCAGAUCACCAAGAAGAAGUCAGUUCGGCUACGGCAGCCAACAGCCAGCGGCAUCGUUGGCCACGGCGCCGAGAGGUUCCCUGUUCCGGCGUCCGCGGCGAGUUCAGCUGGAGGUGCACACGAGGUACUCGACAAAUUGAACGACAGGAAGACUACCGUGUGUGCUGACUUGUGACGGUCCCAAAUGGGCGUGAUGAUUUUGUGCCGCGUCAGAACUGACAGCGGGUCCCAACCGUUGGAAACUGACCAAUUAGAGCAUCUCCAACAAAACAUGAUGUAAACAAAAAAAAAACACUGACACAUUGGACACCUUGGUAAAAAAAGGCUCCAUCACAUUAUGUAAACCAGAAAAAAAGGCUACUUUUACGGUACCUUUUACUACUCACCAGAGGUGAGAGGUACUGUAUGAGUUAAAAUCUAGCUGUUGAUUUAUAGGGGCAACGUGGACUUUUUA